UUCAGUGUUCUAAUACACUGCGCUGUCAACGAGCAGAUACAAUGGGAGUGCGUGAACUGGUGAAGUGUACAUUUACAUUUACAUUUAAGUCAUUUAGCAGACGCUCUUAUCCAGAGCGACUUACAGUUAGUAUUUUAUUCUACCUCAGCAUCUGUAGUCAUGUUUGUACUGAAGAGUGGGAACUCACGCUGCUUCAUACCAACGAUGUCCACGCACGGGUUGAGGAGACAAACAAGGACUCCGGCAAAUGCACUAAGCCUCCGUGUUUUUCUGGGGUGGCACGGAGAUUUACGAAAAUACAGGAGAUACGGAGCCGAGAGAAAAAUGUGAUGCUGCUGGAUGCAGGCGAUCAAUUUCAAGGAACCGUUUGGUUUAAUGUCUAUAAGGGAGCAGAGGCUGCACAUUUUAUGAACAGACUUGGCUACGAUGCAAUGGCUCUGGGGAAUCACGAGUUUGACAAUAAAGUGGAGGGACUUAUCAAGCCGUUUCUCCAGGAGGUGAAGUGCACAGUCCUCAGUGCUAACAUCAAAGCAGACGACACACUAGCCCCACACAUCAGUGGCCUUUAUUUCCCUUAUAAGGUAUUUGAUGUGGACUCUAAGAAAGUGGGCGUGGUGGGAUACACAUCAAAGGAGACUCCUGCUCUGUCACAAACAGGACCUAACUUAGUGUUUGAGGAUGAGAUUGAUGCCCUCCAGCCCCAGGUUGACAAACUAAUCACUUUGGGGGUCAACAUGAUCAUCGCCCUUGGUCACUCUGGCUUCGUUACAGAUAAAGAAAUAGCCAGAAGGGUAAAGGGUGUGGAUGUGGUCAUCGGAGGACACAGUAACACUUUUCUGUACACAGGAGAACAGCCUUCCUCCGAGGUCCCGGCAGGUCCCUACCCGGUCAUAGUGAGGUCAGAGGAUGGGCGGGACGUCCCUGUGGUGCAGGCCUUUGCCUUUGGGAAAUAUCUGGGUUACCUCAAGGUGACGUUUGACGAAACUGGCAACGUGCUCCAGUCAACAGGCAACCCCAUCCUGCUGGACAGCUCUGUACCAGAGGACCCCAGUAUUCUUGCUGAAGUCAACGAGUGGAAAAAGGCCCUUGCAAAUUACUCCUCCCAGUAUGUGGGGGAGACCCUGGUGUAUCUCAAUGGAACGUUUGAAGAGUGCAGGUUCCGUGAGUGCAACCUGGGAAAUCUAAUCUGUGACGCUAUGGUACACCACAACAUUAAAUAUGCAGAUGAGCUUCAGUGGAACCAUGUUAGCUCCUGCAUCCUCCAAGGGGGAGCGAUACGGUCAUCCAUAGAUGAACGAAGUCGAAAUGGUUCCAUCACGAUGGAAGACCUCAUUGCUGUGUUGCCGUUUGGAGGCACCUAUGAUCUGGUUCAGCUGAAGGGAUCCACUCUGAGGAAGGCUUUUGAGCACUCUGUUAGGAGAUAUGGAGGGAACACAGGGGAAUUCCUUCAAGUAUCAGGAUUUCAUGUAGAGUAUGAUAUGUCGAGGCCCCAUGGGGAGCGUGCCAGGAGUAUCAGUGUGCUCUGUACGGACUGCCGGGUGCCUGUCUAUGAGCCUCUGGACGACAGCAGGCUAUACAAGGUGGUCAUGCCCUCAUACCUGGUGGAAGGAGGAGAUGGAUUCUCCAUGAUCAAAGAGGAGAACCUGACACAUGACAGCGGUGACAUGGACAUAUCGGUGGUGGCCAGCUACAUUGCUGAGAGGAAGAAGGUGCACCCGGCUGUAGAGGGACGUAUCAAGAUUUCCAACUCAGCUUCAGGAGGACCUGGACACAUGGCUCUGUUAAUCAUGCUGGGGCUAGUGAUGGCUCUGUCUGGGAGACUAUGAGAGAUUCCUGGCUGCAAUCAUGAUGCAAAGCUCAACAUUGGAUAUGUUCUUCUCAGCAUUCAAGGGAAGAGCUCAACUCUAGUUAGUCUAUUGAGCACAAAUUGAACAGGGAUAUUGUGAAUGGAUAUUUCACCAAUGCUCUCAGAUUUUUCUUUAUAAAUACUGCAGUUUGAUAUAAAAUUCGCUAUUGAAAUUUCAGGGAAAAUACUGUAAAUGUAUUUUCCUAUGGCUAAAACUAUAAAUAUGCACUGUUAAGUCUCAUGUA